UUGGCUCACCCUCCUGGUCCCCUGAGGUCUUGGCACCCGGCCCUCACCCAGGGUUAAACAUUAGUAGCAGAUUAUCAGUCCAGGGUCCGGGGAGGGUGGAAUUACACUUUCACCAGCGUCUCCUCUGCUGGAGCCACCUGUGCCCGCCCCUGCCAGACAUGCCCGUGGAGGAGUUUGUGGCUGGCUGGAUCUCCGGAGCUCUGGGCUUGGUCCUGGGACACCCCUUUGACACUGUGAAGGUGCGGCUGCAGACCCAGACCACGUACCGGGGCAUCUUCGACUGUAUGGUCAAGACUUACCGCCAUGAGUCGCUCCUGGGCUUCUUCAAGGGGAUGAGUUUCCCCAUCGCCAGCAUAGCUGUGGUCAACUCCGUCCUGUUCGGGGUCUACAGCAACGCCCUGCUGGUGCUGACGGCCACCUCCCACCAGGAGCGGCGGGCCCAGCCGCCCAGCUACACACACGUCUUCAUAGCCGGCUGCACCGGGGGGUUCCUGCAGGCCUACUGCUUGGCUCCUUUUGAUCUCAUCAAAGUCCGGCUACAAAACCAGACGGAGCCCAGGGCGAAGCCAGGGAGCCCCCCACCCCAGUACCGGGGGCCCGUGCACUGUGCCGCCUCCAUCUUCCAGGCCGAGGGGCCCCGGGGGCUGUUCCGGGGAGCCUGGGCCCUGACCCUGAGGGACACCCCUACUCUGGGAAUCUAUUUCGUCACCUAUGAAUGGCUGUGUCGCCAAUUCACGCUGGAUGGCCAGACCCCCAGCUCGGGCACAGUGCUGGUGGCAGGGGGCUUUGCCGGCAUCACCUCCUGGGUUGCCGCCACCCCCUUGGAUGUGAUCAAGUCCCGGAUGCAGAUGGCGGGGCUGAAGCAGAGGGCCUACGGGGGGCUGCUGGACUGCAUGGUGAGCAGCGCCCGGCAGGAAGGACUGGGGGUCUUCUUCCGAGGGCUCACCAUCAACAGUGCCCGUGCCUUUCCCGUCAACGCUGUCACCUUCCUCAGCUACGAACACCUCCUCCUCUCCUGGGGGUGAGCCGGCCAGGCGACUCCGGCAGCUCCCCGGUGGGACCACUGCCCACCUGCCCAGACUGGAGGCCAGGCUGACUGUACCGGCUCGUGGGUCUGAUGCAGAGGGUGAACCCCCUUUUAUCAAGUCCCCUCCAGUGCUCAGACCAGACGGGGCUGGAGAGACAGUGUGGAGUCCCUGGUCAGGAAGCCUGGGGUCCCUGGCGCACCGCCCCUCUCAAAGUCCAAGGCUGGCCUGGGCCUCUCGGCAGCAUGUGCCGAUUCUUUGCUUCCUGAAUCUGAGAAGUAAACCCAGAGCCAGCGGUGCUGGUGACAUUCCGGCCCCCCCCCCCAACCCCGUCCUAUGACUUUGCCCCUUUAAGAGCUGCCUGGUGCUAACCACCCUCCCUGGAUUCCAGUGAGGAGAUCCUCAUUGCCCCCCCACCUCACUUCCCUUCAAACCUCUCCAUGCAGGACUUGAGGGUAGCCUUAAUGCCUCCUCUAGUCCAGAAUCCUUCAGUGACUCUGUCACCUUCAGGAAAAGGCCCCCUCCUCCCCCCUGCCCCCCAGCUUUCCUCUCCUGUUCUCAGCAGCCCAGUCCUGCUUGAGGUCCCUGAAUAAGCAAGCCGUACUCUCUCAUCGCUUCCCACCUAGAAGGUUCCUUUCCUCUCAGCCAGCAGUGGGCAGUGCUUGAAGGCUGACUCCCCUAUCCCGGGGCUGAGCCAGCUCCAACCUGGACCUGUCUCCUGGAGUCCUUCCUUGGCUUGCCUCUCCCUGCCCAGAACUGAUUUUGGGGUUUCCAGACCUUUCUGCUCAUCGCCAUGCCUUGAUCACAGACUUGGCCUGUACUUAAUCAUGGUUGCUGGUUUGCUUCUCGGCUUCCCAAUUAGACUGGGUGCUCCUUGAGGUCAAGGGUCAUAUUUCCGGUCAUUUCCCAGCACGGAGCCCCAUGCUUGAAGGAGCCUGAUAAAUGUUUGUGAAAUGAAGUGUACUCCCAGCCUCCAUCCUCACUCCAACCGCCACAUCCCUGCCCACCCUGUCACCCUCUUACCUGCUUCCACUGAGAGAUCCCCUCGCCUGGCCCCUCCUGGGGUCUCCAGUGGAGCAGUGUCUGCCUCGCCCACUCCCAUCAAGGGCAUUUGUUUCCUUCACCGUCUUUAUUGCUAAAGGGGAAUUAAAAACUAGCUGAAAGGGUUCACUUAAUUGGCAAAUAAAGUGAGCAGACAUCCUAAUCUAGUCUGAGAUCAACC